AACUAAGGUCAACAAUUUUCUGCGGCAGCAGAAAUACAUUUUGUGGUGAAAAAGCACCGCAAAAAGAUCGCGUAGACUAGAGCAUUUCGACAAUGUAAGUGGCAAGAAUGUCUGCAAAAUGAUUAUAAAGUACAGGAUAUUUGUGGACCAGUAACCCUACAGAAAAUGGAUCUAACUGCUGAUGGUAUUUUAUGUUAUUCAUCAAAUCAAUCAAUCAUGGCGGACGAUUGAGCAUGAUCAGGAGAGAUUGAUAUGAGAGACAUCCGUCAAACUCAAACCAAAUAAAGAGAACUGACUAAUCUCCAUUAAUGAAGGUAUUGUUUUGAGAUGACGACCACAUUUUGAAAGUUAAGCAACACCACUUUUCAGCAUAUGAAAAGGAAAAGAACCACUUCAAGAGAGUGCAACCAUGCUGUGACAAUCCAUUAAAAUGACGGACAAUCAAUCAUAAUGUGAACAUCAAUUAUUUUUAACAAAGAUUUUCUUUUGUGCAAUAGCCAUUAAUCCUUGCCAGUUACAAGUAUUCUUAGUGUUCUAGAAAAGUAAGUUUAUAUCAAAGAAGACGCCAAUUGAAAAAAGGUCAAUUGAUUUUACGACAUAAAUGUGAAGAUUUUCCAGUGACCAUAUUUAAAGAUAAUUUGGUCGCGAGAACUCUCCAAGAUGGUUUCCGUGGAGAAAAGUGUUUUGAUUUGUUUGGGCUUCUUGGCCGUGCUGAUCACACCCACACUGGAAGCUGUCAACUACAACGAGCCGAAUCUUGAGGAGCCACGUUACAGCUACUCGGGAGAGAAUGAAGGGGGUAGACUCACUGGGCAUGUCCAGAACUGGGCAACACUGAUUCAGAACUACAUAUUGCAGUUGUGUAGCGAUGGACUGAAGACUGAAUACACACAGAGUUUCUACGACAAGGCCGACUACAUUCUGCAGAAGAAGAAUGCCACGGAAAUCGUCGCCAAAGUCCGAGAGCUUCUGGACGAUUACUUCAAUAAGAAAGAAGAAGCAGCUAGGCGUAUUGCCGACGAAGUCAAGCGACUCCACGAUGUCAGCAUGGGCAAGAAUCCAUACACGUCUCUUACCGGGAUUCCUAAUGCGUUUUAUAGAGACUCGGACAUACCUGGACGCCUGCCUGAACUGAGCUACAAUACGUACUUUCGGCAAGCAGUCAGCAAAACGUCAAGUACAGUGAAAAUAUCAGACGAGGUACCGAGGGACAGCAAGGAUACUAUAAACGCUGUGUAUUACACCAAGGAUCUGGAUGAAGUCUUUAUCAGCAACUUUGAACAAGAUCAACAGUUGAGGUGGCAGUAUUUUGGUUCAGUUGAAGGAGUCUUGCGGAAGUUCCCUGGUCGAGAAUGGAACCGUAAUUUUGCAGGGUUUUACAAUGACUACGACCCACGUGUAAGAGCGUGGUAUAUUGCAGCAACCAGCGACCCCAAAGAUGUGGUUAUUGUACUGGAUUGCAGUUACUCUAUGAAGGGAAAGAAGUUUGACAUUGCAGUGUCUGUCGUGAGGAUCAUCUUAGAUACUCUGACCAAGCAGGACUAUGUCAACGUCAUCUGUGCCAGAGCUAGUCACUGGGAUGCUUACGGAAAAUGGCAUCCGUUUAACACAACUGUCUUAAGUUGUAAAGAUGACCGUCUUGUACCGGCAACCACGGCUCAUCGUAAAGACUUAAAGGAGAAGACGCAGGCCCUGAUUCCAGAUGGAACAAGCGAACUCAAACGUGGAUUUGAGAAAGCCUUUGAGUUGCUGUCUGGUAAAUCUCGCACAGGCUGUCAAGCCAUAAUCAUCUUGGUGACGGACGGCAAAGAUACGGACGGUGAACGAGUUCGUUGCGGCCCAGGUUAUUAUACUCGGAGCGGUUAUGUACCUGGACCCAUUUGCAAAUACGAAUGGUCAAAAGUAUGGGACAAAGUCAAGGAGUUAAACGCUGUUGCAGAGCCAAGGGCUCGGAUCUUCAGCUACGGCACAAUCGAUGACGGAGAAAACUUCCCUGGCCAUCUGGCCUGCAAGAAUCGCGGCUACUUUAAGAAGUUGACCGAUGGAGAGAACCUAAUCGGUAAGAUGCGGGACUACUUCAACUUCUUGUCCUCCAAUUCUCAGAAGACGACCCAGGGGAAGUGGACUGCCCCUUACAUCGACGCCUUCGGUCUGAAGCAGAUGGUCACCCAUGCUAUUCCCGUCCUGAGUGACAGAACAGGAAAACUUCUGGGCGUGGUCGGUGUUGACUGUACUCUGGAGGAGAUUGAAAACUUGAUUGUGAACGAACAGUGGGGCUCCGUCUAUGCUUUCCUGAUUGACAACUACGGAGGAACAAUCUUCCACCCGCUGUUGAAACCCAGCAGUAAUCUGGUUGAGGAUCCCAUUCUUGUUCCAAUCAGACAGCUGGAGCAGCCUGAAGGUGAACCCAAGGAAUUCAGCGACGUUAUUGAUGCUAUGCUCAAGGGAGAGACAGGCCAUAUUGAAAUACAAAAUGCACAGCGUGGGGUGCCUAAGGGGAGUUUCUCGGAUGGUGUGAAGAGACAAGUGAUGCCUGCCACGUACUUCUACACUCACCUGGACAAGACAGAUUAUUCUUUUGCCUUCAGCCUGGCCAAGACAGAUGAGAUAUUCCGCAUAGCCAGGGAGCCUGAGGAUCGUUCUCACCUUCCAGGGACUAGCAUCUUCAACUUACUCAAAGAAUACAACAGUUCGUUAGCCAGGAGGAAGCUACCCGGUCAAUUUGAGAAGAUUGAAGUGUUUCACGACGAACCCAAGUAUCCAGAUCUCCGAGUCUCGUACCUGUACUCCAGUUUCUUCUUGGCCCCAAGAUGCUACUGCGAUCCUAACUCGUACCUCGUUGAUGACGACCUAGCCAUGAAAACAGUCAAAGCCCAUGAGUUCAUCAACAGUUAUGAGAUAGAUGUCGGUUGUCCGAACUCACUCGUUCAAAAACACAUCAGGGCUGACGUUCUCAUCACUUCUCAAAUCGAGAAGAUUUGGAGGAAUCGAAACAAGAAGAUGCUGGCAGAUGUGAAGUGGACGUACAUUGGUUGCCGCAGUGGAGUGUUUCGAACUUACCCAGGUCACAGGUCAAAGCGUUACUACGACCCAACCAAGAGACCAUGGUACCAUCGUGUGAUAGUCAACUCAGACAAGACUUCAAUCUCAACGGCCUACAUGGACUCAGCGGGCGUCGGGAAGAUCAUCAGCGUGUCUCAAGCAGUCUUUGAAGGAAUGCCCGUCAUUGCCGAUGAGGAAUGUGAUAAAAUAGAGGGACAGAAACCUGGAGGAUGUCAGUGCAGUACGGAUGAUGACUGCGUCUCAGUUCGAUGUUACAGAAAUCAGAGGCCCGGGCUGUCGGACUUCACACGCUGCGCCUCGGUCAAGGUAGAAGCUGUGACUUCCCUAGACAUCCUCUAUGAAGACUUCCACAAGAAUGUCUUUAAGAUCAUGCAGGACCGAGACAUGCCACUCUCCUGUCUUGAUGAAUACCCGUGUCCUGAUGGAGAAUCUGGGUGCAUGACAAGGUGCUACCUGUUUGACAACGCAGCCAACAUUGUGAUCGACCCAGAGUUCAUCAACGUCAGUGAUUUAGACACGGCCAAGUACAACGGCGUCUCGCUCGGUAAGAAGGAAGGGGAGAUCAUGAGGGAGCUCAUCUACAAACAUCGGUUCUUCAUCCGUAAGGAGACCAUCGAUUUCCAAGGGUCUUGCAGUCUGUCCGCAUCAGCCCCCAGAGUGACUCUAAAAGGCAUAGCAAAGACCCCAGAGGAGCUGGAUGAUUAUUACAAGAACAAAGGGCCUAUCCCAAGUUUCUCCAGUAAGUUCGGCUGCAUUCAAGACGUGGUGGGCUACCAGGCAAACAGCUCUGUUCUAGAACCAAGUGGGAUGAUCACCGGCAACAUCUCGGGAUCGUGUAAGUCGGGAUUCUACUACGUCACAUCUCUUCCCAAGACCAACCUCUUCCUCCUUAUUGUGGAGAAUUGGAGAAACAACAAAGAGAGCAUGUACUUUAACUUCAACUGCAAAAUCACAAACAGAGUUUCAGCCACUGGAGCUUUCCGCAUUAUCAAUGGAACUUGUGCUCACGAAGACAUCUCUGCGUCACUGGCUAGCCAGAACAGAUGCCCAACCCCGACCAACUAUGAGAUCACAAACUGUACCUACAUUUCCGGGGGGCCAAGGAGCAGUGAGGUGGUGUGGAGCACCCUCGUUGUGAAUGUGUUGACCAUGGUUUGGCUGUUGGGCUGAUGAAGCGAAGUCCUAAGGUUUGACAAUUUGUUAUCGUUGUUUUUUUCUAACAGCGCAAAAUACCUUGAAUCCAUCGUAGCAGGGGCCAGUUUUAUUGAGCUGGUUAACAGAAAAUAUUGCUUAGCAAUUUUCUGCUAAGCAGGAAUGAGCAGAUGAAAUUGUACGUGUGAUAUGGUAUUGGCUGGUAAUCUUGUUCUGGUAAGUAUAAUUUUGUUGUGCUUAGUUGUUUUUUGUUCUUAAGCAGUUCUAUGUAAUUUGGCCCUAGUCCCAUUUUCAGAGAAUUGUUUUAGCACAAAAAACUAGCUAAGCAUGCAACGGUUACCAGCCUAACAUGCCUUGUCUUGUGGUGCAUUCUUUGUGACUAUUUUGUUUCCCAAAUCAAUGCUAAAAAACAUCAGAUCAACUCAAUGCAGUGUGCAAUUAAACUGUGCUUUUUUUUUUUUUUUUUUACACAUACAGGGUAACAUUGUUAUAGUCAAUUUUAAAUAAGUGCAAUAAAAAUAAAUAAAUUGUUG